ACACUUUUCCAAACCAGACUCCCUUUUUCUCUUUCUUCUAUUAUUGGUCAGUUUGUGACAUACAUACACUCACAAAUCCACACUGUCCUUGCAAAAAAUCUAACCAUUUUUUGCUUCCAGAAAAGAGAAGUGGUUUAGAGGGAUAUCAUCAAUAAUGGCAAGAGAGAAGAUAAAGAUAAAGAAGAUCGAUAAUAUAACAGCAAGACAAGUGACUUUUUCUAAAAGAAGAAGAGGGCUUCUGAAGAAAGCCCAAGAACUCGCUGUUCUUUGUGAUGCCGAGGUUGCUCUAAUCAUCUUCUCCGCCACCGGAAAACUCUUUGAGUAUUCAAGUUCUAGCAUGCAGGAUUUGUUAGGGAAGUAUAAGCUGCAUAACAGGGAUAAAACAGAUGAGCCUUCUCUCGACCUUCAGCUAGUUGAAGGCGAUGAAGUAAGAUUAAGCAAGGAGAUCAAUGACAAAAAUCGUGAACUAAGUCAAUUACGAGGGCAGGACCUUCAGGGAUUGACCAUAGAUGAACUUGAAAACUUGGAGACCCUUCUUCAAGGAGGCCUUAGCCGAGUGCUUCAAGCCAAGGAUGAAAAAUUUGGAAAUGAGAUGUCCAGCCUUCAAGAGAAGAGUGCCAAGUUAAUGGAAGAGAACAAGAUACUCAAACAACAAAUGAUGCUGAUUUUGAACGGAAAGAGGUCGCAAGAUAAUAUGAUUAGUAACCCUGAAGAUCAAGGUCAAUCUUCAGAGUCUGUAACUACCAACGUGUACAGUUGUAAUAGCGGCCCUCCCCCCGAGGACGAUGGUUCAGAUACUUCUCUUAAACUAGGGUUACCAUUCAACUAAUGCUGACAAGGGCACUACCAAUUUAGAAUCGAUCAAGAGACCAAAAUAUAUUGGAACUUGAUAUGGAUUCCAGGCUUUGAGUGUAUGAACAUUACGUUGUUGGUGAGUUAAUUAAGUUCUUUUUGAUUUUUGCAAUAAAUUGAAAUGUGUUGUUUA